UGCAUGUUCCGUUUCGCUCGCGUGCAGAGAGGGGAAGCGGAGCUCGCGUUCUAGCUUCGGAAUUUUCUUUUCCGUGGCACUCCACCGGUUCACCCUCGGCGGGUAUGUUUCGCGUUUAUGUUUCCAUGACACGUGCGAGGGACACCGAAAAUCCACCCAGGCACAGGCCCUGACGGCGCGCGCCGAGUGAAACUUGCAUGCCCUUUCCUUCGUGUUCGGUUGCCUCCCAAAUCGAACGUCGCUGCUGAAACCGAACGUCCGUCGCUGUUGACGUCCAUUCAUCAUGGCUACGUCCGCCGUGGCCAUGAAAUGGCUGGAACUCCUGGAGAAAGAGUUUGACAGGGCCUACCUGGACUUGGACAUUCUUUUGGGAGAGGUUGACGAAGAGCAAUGCGACAUCACCUACGAAGCCAGGAGGCGAAUGUCCGCCCUCAGCAGCGCUUUCGCCCAGCUGUGUCACAAGGCGCAGACUGUGUUCGAAACCAACGAGAAACUGGAGUGUGAACUACAGGAGCUCAAGUCCGACUUGUAUGAGGCGCAGUCAACUAGUUCUGUGCUGAAUAAGGAGCUUCAGCAUCUUGUGCUGCAGCUGCAUUCAGCCCAGUUGCAAGUGUCUGCGCAGAUGGGGCACGCAGGUGACUCUACUGCCAUCAAGCAGAAACUGGAACAAGAAAUGACCAUGUAUCGAAUGGAUCUGGGCCGCGAGAUGCAACUGGAGGCAGAGGUAGCCCAGCUGCGCAAGGAGAAUGCUUCGCUUCGCAGGGACAUAGUGUCCCUGCAGAGCGAAGUGUUUGGUGCCAAGCUGGCUGCCAAGUACCUUGACAAAGAACUGGCUGGCAGAAUCCAGCAAAUACAACUGCUCGGCCGAGACCUAAACCCAAGUGAACAUGACCGCCUUUGGAAUCAGCUGGAGUCUGAGAUCCACCUGCACAGGCACAAGGCAGUAAUUCGAGCCUGCCGAGGCCGCUCCUCCAAUGCUGCUAGUCUGCCCGGGCCAGAGCUCACGAUGCCCGACGAAGGCACUCCGCUGCGCCGCCAUCAGGGAAUUGGAGAUGUGCGGACCGUGCGACUUACUAAGGGCAAAGAUGAAGGACUUGGAAUCUCUAUCACAGGUGGUCUAGAGCAUGGUGUUCCCAUAGUCAUUUCUGAAGUUCUCCCAGACAUGCCAGCCUGGAGGAGUGGCAAGCUGUUUGUCGGAGAUGCCAUUCUAGCUGCCAACGGUGUCGACUUGAGAGAAGCAAAGCACAACGACGCUGUCAAGGUUCUUUCUGGCUUGCAAGGUGAAAUUACACUCAAGGUCUUGUAUAUUUCACCUGACGAGGACAGUGAUGACGAGACACAGGACAGUCAGCACUUGAGGUACCAUUUCUUUUAUCCGGAAGAUGUCAGUGAGACUAGCGUAGCUCCGAGUGACGACGAAAACGGCAUGGUGGACCGGUCCCUGUCGCGCUUCGCCACAUCGCCUCAUAUGACACCCGGUCACGGAGCCACCACAGCAGUACCUGGUCUCGCAGUGCCUGCCACACCAGAAGCCAGAGCAAAGUCCAGCGAGAGUGUCGGCCGAGAAGCUGCACCUGAGGUCAAGGCCGUUACCAACACUUCUCCGGCCAAGCUGGCUAAUGAAGUGAAUGGAACUGCUGGCACUGAGCAGAGAGCGGUUUCUACGUGAAUGGAGCCGUGAGCUCACCACACACUGUGAUGAGCUCAAAACUUGUUACAGCUUGUUUCUCGACAGUUUCAAACAGCAGUUUGUCGUCCGCUGCUGUGUCCAGCUGGCACACGCUUGUUGGCACUAAAUUAAAAGAUUGUUUGAGUACAACGUGACUUCAUCAUUCCAAGCUGUUCUCAAUAUCUGUGCUUUUUAUACACGCUUGUGAAAAUUUUUUAAAGAGUCAGUUUCAUUAAUAUGUUUCCUUAUAAUGCAUAGUGCUUGCGUGUACAAAAUGUGCUUAUGCAGGUGUCUCAACUGUCAAUAAAUAUUUGCAAGGUGUGGAUUGGAAUCUCACAUAUUUACAGACAGUGGCAUACGUUUAUGUUUUUAUACUUAUCAGAGCGGGGAAUGACAAUGGCCCAUGCUAGAAAGUGUUUUGUAACUGUGGUCGGGAAAGCGUAAUUGUUUCGUUGGCCUGUUUCACUGUUAACUGUACUGGCGCAAAACUUCAACAUUGCACAUUGCACUACUGCGCUGAUUUGCCUCGCGGCAGUCCACCAGUUUGCUAGUUCCAAAACAAGCAAGGCAGCAAAGAGCAGUCUUUUUUCGUGGCAAGUGAGAGUAUUAAGGAAGCGCUUGCAAGGAAGGCAGUGUCAAGGUACCUGAAACGUUCAUGAACAAAUUGGGAAUGAUAGAUGGCUAACGUUUUUUUUUUUUCUUGUCCCUGAUAGAGCCAUCCCAUGAAACAUGUCACAUACUUAAAGGGAUAACCACAGUAAAUAUUACAUUUCAGCACUAAGCAAGAGAGGGGCAGCUACUAUUCCAUGCUGCAUAACAAUGGCAGCACAAUGCAAGUACACUUCACUUUAUGCCUUGUGUGCACAUUAGUGGAUAUCGGGUAGGAAGAAUUGACUUUUAAUUCUUUACUAUAGCAUCCCUUGUUGCCCACUAUGCAGCCAAAUACAUUGUGUGGCUUUCGCUGUGCACCGAGAAUUUGAGGUGGAUUCUUGGGGUGCGUAUUUGUUAUGCAUGUGCAUGUGGCAGAUGGCUCUGUGCAACAGUGAAGGCUGGCUUACAAGAAAAUGCUGUAGGCACCCAGUCAUGUUCUCGAUACAUUUAUUGGUUACCUUAUUUAAUCACAAGAGGAGACCAGUUUUGGCAAGGAAUCCAGUGACAGCGUGAUUGAUUUCUAAGUUCCAGUGGUUUGUUCGCCUGAAUUGUGAUUGCAGAAUAUACGUUACGCUAUCCUGUUGAGCUGUGGCAUUUAUUAGGGAGGUUUCUGCGAGCUUUCCACGUCCCGCUUUGCAUAAAUGUAUGUUCUAGUAGGUACUUGUCAAACCUCUAUCUGCACUUUCGAAAGUACGUAUGGGCCACCAACAUAACUGACCAGGGCUGUUUUUAUGUGAUGCUGUGGGUACCUGUUACAUUCGCAGCACUUUGAUGUUCUAGAGAGAGAAAGGAAAAGAGUCAAUUUUCAUUUUCCAGAACAAUGAGGUGCUAUUGAGGCUCUGCAGAUUUGGUCUUGGUUUCAGUUGUAUGCAGUGUGCCUUGUGUAUUUUUGAUAAGGAGUGUACAGUGAUUGUACCAGAAUAAUGUUGUCUAUGUGUGGCUUUUGACAGACAGAACUGCUUGAUAGCUAGCUUUCCAGUUUUGACGACAUUGUGAUAGCUGUGCUUGAAAGUGUAGUCACAUCGUCUACACAAAUUCAGUUUAGGACUUGGUGUGUUCAUAUGCACAGAUUCAAGCUUUCAUGAUAUACCUAAAUCACCGGUAUAACUUCCUUUGUUUUUUUCCUACGGACUUUUUCAUUGCCUUUGAUGCUGCUUAUGUCAUUGGCUAUUGCUGUUGAGCGAGCGAAGAAAAAACAUUUUGUUGUUGGAAUGUACGCAGAGCUGUGCGAUUUCUUUAUCUGCAUGAAGUGGACAUUGAAUCCGUGAAUGUCUUUGUACAAGUACUUUAAAACAAAUUCUCCACACUUGGAUAGAUGCAGUCAACAAUAGAGAUGUCACUUUAGAGUGUAAAGCUCAAUCAUUUUUAAGCUUGCCAAAUCUGAGCUUUGGACUGUUUCUUUCAGUGUUAAAACAAGUUUUGGGUACUGUCUUGCUGACCACUUAUCAUUUUUAUUUUCUUUAUAUUUAUUCAAAAAUGAUGAAAGGCAUGUAAGAGGUAUUGUAAAAAAGGCAGGAGGAUUGUUUUAGUAAAGAGAAGUUAUAUUUGUGUGCAGGAUGUGUUAUCUAUCAUAACGGUAUUUAGUGCAAACAUUAGGCAAUAAACUCAAUACCAUUAUGAAUAACAUGUUUCAACUUGCCCAACAAGCAUCGUUGUUGGGUUGUCUAUUGCAAUGUCAGUUUUUUUAGCAUCAAUGCUGUGAAAUAAAACAGAAGUGUAGCUUUGCUUUUUUUUUUUUUUUUGAUAGUGUGUCAUGGGACAUAGACUUGCAAUAUUGUGUGCAUCUCUGAAAUUAUUGUUUUUGAAGUCAUUCAUUAGUGACAUUAUUCACUGUGGAAGUGGCCUUCUUUCACCGAGUUUUUUUUUAACUGGCCUCCCAUACCUAUCAGUCGUUGCUUAUGAUGUGCAAUAUAACUGCGGAACUGAUUUACUUACAAGUAACUAAGCUUCUGCAGCAUAACUUUAUUGCAGAAGCACAGAGUCAAAUUCAUCUUAUUGCUUAAUACCUAAUUCCAUGAAUAGUACUAGAGCCAGUAUUUCUUUUUUUCUGAUUCCAAAAGGAAGAAUCAUAUUCUUUCGUGCCAACAUUUGUUUCCUGAAGCAUUAAGCUUUCACAGUACUUGCUGUGGAGGGCAAAACAGUAGUUUUUGGUAUGCUAGCUUACAAUGACACUGAUUGAGGUUAUCAACUAAGUAUUUCAUUGUGGAAAGCUUGUAGGUCGUCCUAGACAAUUUUAAUGCACUUAAUUCAUAUUUUGCAAUUGAAAUUACAGUGGAGAAUUGCCUGGAAGUAUUCCGGUUUGCAAACAAUUUCAGUUAUGCAGUUUGCAAACAAGUUCAAAUCUAGUGCUGUUUUUUAUUGGGCACUUCUGUUUUUGCUUAUGGCACACGAAAUUUCCAUACGCUUAACGGUACGAUUAUAGUAGCUCGGUGCAGCUGGUGUGACUGUGGCAUAGGCGACAGUGGCAGUGAAUCAAAAGAGCAGGCUUGAACCUUGCAAGCUGAGGCAUUAUAAAGUUUAAAAAUUUCUAAAGACACCCCUGUUUCAUGGGCAUUAGGUGUGUUGAAAUAGUGUUGAAGUUUUAAUUGUAACACUUGCCUUCAUUCAAACUGCUUUUGUAUGAGGUUCAAAAGUCGGUGCACAGUAAAGAUUUUUUUUUCUAACAAGGUGACCCUGAAAGGCAAGCAUGUCAUUGAAGUGCACAGCAAGAAGCAAUUUGAAGGAAUCGCCAACACCUGCCCGGUUGGAUGAAAUUAUUGCGUAAUCAAAGUACAUAGAUGCAGCCAACAUUUAGAAACUGUUCCAGGCAUGGCUUUUUGUUGUGUUCCUUCAAGGUGCACAACAAUGCAAGUCCACUUUACAUGAAAUUGUGAGUUACGAGCUAAAGAAAUAAAAUUGCCUUCUUUUGUGCCUCUGCAAAAAAAUUGCAAUUGUUGUUUACCAAUGCACUGUAAAUCCAAGAACUAUGUUAUGAGCGUUUAAGAACCACUUUCCUGCAGAGCAUUGUUGCUUUUCUGCGGGACCUUCUCCAAAGUGGCUAGUUGUAGUGUAGCAAGUGCACAGUCAUAUGCCUGCAAACUAUUCCAGGCUGUACUAUAAGUAAUGUCCCCAUAACAUUACAAAAGCAUAAAAUGUCACCAUUAUUUCAACAGGGCAUAUUCAGUUUAUACACCAUGCAUGUACAUAAGUUUACAGUGCAAAUUUUGUUUGCAAUAUGCUGUAUAGUCCAGUUUGAAACUGCAUGCAAGGCUGUAGGGCAAACAAUUUAAGCACAUGAAUAUGUGCAAUUAUCUGUGUCUGUAGAUUCUGGAACUGUUUUAGAAGGUUAGCUUUUACAGAUGCACAGAUGGGGCAACCCCGUCAAUCAUCUACUUCUAUAAACUACUCACUGCUCUCAUGUUUGUAUGUUGCAUUUCAUAUUAGACCGUACGCUACUACUAUUUUUAUUAAACACUGCCAAAACAUUUUUGGCACAGAGAGCUCUCGUAUCUGAUGUGUAUGUCUAGUCUCAAGCUGUGCAUUUAUUUUACCAUGGCAGUUAUUGCAGCAUACAAUGUGGAAUUCUCAUUGCAUGUGAAAUGCAUUACUUUACAUGGAAAUAAAAGGCAUCAUAAACUGUGUCUUCUUGUAUUCAGC